GCUGCCUCCGCUCCGGCCGCGGCCCGCCGAGAGGCCCAACUCGAGGUCGGUGGGGCGCGGGAGGCCCCGACUGGAGCCCGUGCGGCGUCCCCACCACCCCGGGAGCCCCCCGGUUGGGAGCGGCCCCCUCGGCGCCCCUCCGAGCGGCCGGCCUUGCCGCCCCCCCCACGACGGCCCUGCCAGGUAGGACGGCCGAGCAGAUUUGAAUGUGACCUGUAGAAGACGCGAAGAUGUCGCUUCACAACACCAGAGCCUCAGUGCUCCUGGCCUGGGUGAACAGCCUGAAGCUGGGCGAUGCCGUCACUUCGUUGUCUCAGCUCCAGGAUUGCAGCCUCUUCCUCAAGAUCAUCGGCAAAAUACAUGGCACAGAAGAGGGGCAGGAUGCUUCCCAGCAGAGUGUGGCAGAGAGGGUGACCCAAGUCGUCAGCUUCCUUCAGAAAAUCUGCAAGCACAAAGCCUCCCCGCACAGCCUGGUGUCCGAGGAGAAGCUCUUGGCAGCGGAAGAACUGGAGUUAGCCAAGGUGGUGAUGCUGCUCUUGUACUAUGUUUCCAUGAGCGAUAAGAUUCCUCGGGAGUGGACCACGCUCGAAUACGACCUGCAGACGGAGAUGGCCAAGUUCCUGAACUUCAUGCUCUACAACGAAGACUGUCUCAGCGAAGAUCUGGAGAACUUUCUCCAAAAGAAAAUGCCAGCGUCCUCAAGUACCUCCAGUGCCAGCUCAGAAGAGGUCACCCCACCCAAACGAGGGGUGCCUUUCUUGAAACUACACAAGAUCGCAUCUUCUUCCAGCAUGAAUAAGCUGCUCCCCGGCUCUGCCUCCUCCUCCUCCUCCUCCUCGUCUCCCAUGGGGGAGAUCAUGCAGACCCCCCAGUUCCAGAUGCGGAGGCUGAAGAAGCUGCUGGAAGCCGAGCGAGAGAACCGCGACGAGCUGGAGCACGAAUUGGCCGAGAACCGGAAGCUCAUCGACGAGAAAGAUACGCGAAUCCUGAUGAUGAAGCAGCGGAUCGACCGCCUCACCCUCCUGCAGGAACGGCAGGCGGCUGCAGAUCAUCUGGAGCCCAAGGAGAUGGAGGAGCUCCGGGACAAGAAUGAAAGCCUCCUCCUCCGCCUGCAUGAGACCCUGAAGCAGUGCCAGGAUCUGAAGACGGAGAAGGGGCAGAUGGACCGGAAGAUCAACCAGCUCUCCGAGGAGAACGGAGAACUCACUUUCCGGCUCCGAGAGUUCGCCCGCACCUUGACGGAGCUUCAGGAAGCCAUGAACGAAAUGUGCGAAGGGCAGGACAAGUCCCUGAAGGAAUGGGAGGAGCGGAGGAGUCGCCUGGAAGCAGAGCUCCACAGGGCCCUGAGCGAGAAGAGAUGCCUGGAAGAGAAAGUGGAGAUUCUGCAGGGGAAGAUCUCCCUGUUGGAGGACCAGCUGGCCAAGCUGACCAAGGAGACCAGCUCCCUGCCGGUGAAAGGAGAAGUCCUGGGCGACGUCUUGAAGCUUGAGGGCCUGAAUCAGCAAGUGGCCAGCCUGAGCAGCCAGCAGGCCGAACUGCAAGCCACCAUCCUCCGUCUGGAAGAAGAGAAGCACCUUCUCGAGGCCAACCUCCAGUCCGAAAGGAGAAGCUUUGAAGCGGAGAAAGCCCAGCUGACGGGCCUCCUGACGGAGCUGCAGAAUUCCAGCUCCGAAAUUUCUCGUGCCAAGGAGAAGCUGGAGCAGGACUGCCGGGCCCAGGAGGAAUGCUUGAUCGCCCAGGCCAACACCCUCACGGCAGAGAUCGCCAAGCUGACGGGCUUCCUUCGCCAGAGGGACGAGGAGCUGCUGGCUCUGCACCAGCAGGUGGAAGCCGAGAGGAGCCAGAAGAGCCAGCUGGCCGAAGACUGGGAGAAGAAGGAGCAGAGGUCUCGGGCAGCCAUCGAAGACCUGAGCCACCAGGUGGAUCAACUGAGCAGCUCCCUGAAGCAGAGCAAUCAGAAGGUGUCCCAGAUUGAAGCCGCCAGCCAGGAGGAGUAUAACCGGAUCGCCCAGGAGAAGGAGCUGGCCGUAAGGCAGCUCCAGGAGAAAGAAGUGGAAGUGUCCUCCCUGGCCGAGCGGCUGCAGUCCCUGGAGCACGCUCGGACCUCUUCUGCUGUGGAGCUCCACCAGGAGAAGAUGGAGGCCAGUCAGAAGAUCCAGGCGCUGGAGGCCAGAGUUGUGGCCCUCACUGCCCAGGGCCAGCAGAGCGAGGCCCAGGCAGCAGCCGUCCCAGCCUUGAAAAGCCAGCUGCGGGAAGCUCAGCAGAAGCUGGCCGAGAAGGAGAAGCUGGCCAAGGAGCAUACUCGUCUUCAGGAGCGGCUGAUGGUCCUCGAAGAGUCCGUCCGCAACACGGAGGGGAUCCUGGAGGACGAGAAGAGGAGGGCGGCCGAGUCCCUGGAGAGCAACCUCCGGCAAAUCGCAGAGCUGGAAGAGCAGGUCCAGGAGCUGACCAGGCACAAGGACCAGGCGGUGGAAGGAAUGGCUGAGGAGAAGGCCAGGAGGCAAGCCUUGGAAGGCCAGAUGCAGCGACUGGAAGAGGAGUCCAGGAGGAAGCUAGAAGAGCUUCAGCGUCAGCUGGCUGAGUUGCCCGUUGCCAAAAGGGAGCUGACCGAACGGAGUGGGCUGGAGCAAAGCGGCCAGAAGUUUCAGGCUGACCAGAAGAAGUUGGCAGAGCUGGAAGCCCAGCUGAAAAAUCUCAGCGCCCAACACCAAGAAGCUCUGGCUGCCGUUCAGGCCAAAUUGUCUCAGUCCAUUUCCCAAGUCAAGGAGAAGACGAGCUCAGAAGAGAAACUCCGAGCCAAAGUGGCCACCUUGGAGAAGCAGGUGGCUACCACAUGUCAAGAAUCGGCUCAGGCCAAGAAGGACGGGCACAAGGCUGUCCAGGAACUUGCAGAGACCGUCAAGAGACUGGCUGAAGAGCAGCUCAAGAGAGAGCAGCUGGAAGCCAGAGUGAAGCAGUUGGGAGAACAAAGCAGCGAAGAUCUGACCACGGCCGAAUCCAGCUUGUCCAGCCUCAAGUCUGCUCUGAAGGAAAAAGAGCAGGAGGUGGAACAGGUCUCCGCCCAGCUGAAGACGUUGAAGGCCAAGUUGGAGGAGACUGUGCAGCACCAGGAAAGCCAGUUGGCUCAGCAUCAGGAGGAAGCCAAGCGGCUGGCGGUGGAGGAAGAACGAGCCCAUGCCGAGCUGGCCGUGGAGAAGGCCCAGAAGGUGGCCCUGGAGGUGCAGCUGCAGAACCUCACCAAUGAGCACCGGGUGGAGGUCUCCAGCCUCCAGGAGGAGGUGGCCAGGGCCCAGGACCUGGUGGGCGAGAAGGAGAGGGAGCUGGAGGAGCUGCAGCUAAAGAACGUCUCCCGCUGCGAGGAGUUGAGGGACCUGCAGAAGACGGUGAGCAAGCUGAAAGGAGAGCUGGCCUCGGUGGAGGCGCUGAAGGAGAGGGAAGCCAAGAUGGAGAAUGAGCUGCAGGGCUUCCUGGAAGUGACCAGAACCCGGGAAGCCGAGAUCAACAGCCUGAAAGCCCUGGUGCGCUCCAAGGACACGUCCCUCAAAAGCCUGGAAGAGCAGAAACUCCACUUGGAGAAGGAGUCGGUCACCCUCCGGGAGAUGUACGAGAAGCAGCUGAAGGAGGGCAAAGAUCUCCAGGGCCAGGUCGGCAAGCUGGAGAAGCUGACGGCCGCCUCUAAGGAGCAGCAGCACACCGAGGUGGAGGCUUUGAAGCGGGAAGUGGGCCAUCAGAGGCAGAAGAUCUCUGAGUUGGAGAAGCUCCUGGAGGCAUCCAAGGCUACCGUGGAGAAACUGAAGAGGGAGCUCCUGCAGACAGAAGAGGAGCUGGUGCGGAGCCAGAAGGCCGUGUCAAGAGCCGAGGAAGAGUUGGCCUCCAUGCGGACCUCGGCUCAGGAGAAGGACAGGUUGGAAGAGAACCGGAAAGAGCAGAUAUCCCGCUACCGCCAGGAAGCGGAGAGGAAGGCCAGCCACAUCAACAGCUUGGAGCAGGACAGGUCCAUCAUGCACCGGCAGCUGAUGGAGAAGGAAGCGGAGAGCAAGGACCUCCGGCGCCUGGUCAUGGCCGAGUCGGAGAAGAGCAAGAAGCUGGAGGAGAGGCUGAGGCUCCUCCAGUCCGAGAUGGCUACGGCGGCUUCCCGGGCGGCAGAGAGGUGCUCGGCGAUGAAAGCAGAAGCCCAGAGCUCCCAGGAGCAGGCCGAGAAGCUGAGGCUGUCCGUGGAGACCCUGAAGAAGGAGCUGAGCGGGCUCUCCAAGCGGGAGGAGGCCCUCGGCCAAGAGCUCAAGUCCUGGCAGGAGAAGACUUUCCAGAAGGAGCAGCAGCUCGCAGGACAGCAGCAGGAGUUGGCCGGAGCUCAGGCUUUGAUUGGUGAGCUGAAGCCCCUCAAGGGCUUGUACCAGCAGCUCCAGGCCUCGCAGGCCUCACAGGGGGACAAGCAUCGGGAGGAGGUGGAGCAGCUGCAGAAGACCACCGGCCUCCUGCAGGCGGAGCUGACCAGGACCAAGCAGGAGCUCUCGGAGACCUCCUCCAUCAAGGAGAAGUUCCUCCAACAAGAGCACCUUCUCCACCAGCUGCAAGCAGAGAACAGCGGGUAUGUGGAGCGCCUGGCCGCCCUCCAGCGGGCUCACACCCAGCUGGCCGAGGAGAAGAGGGAGCUGGCGGAGAAGACCACCCAAGGGCAGCAGAGCCUGGACAGGGAGGUGGCCCAGGUCAAGCAGAAGCACGCUCUGGAGCUGGAGGCUGCCCGGAAGGACUCUGAGAAGCUGGUGGCAGGGAGCAAGCGGGAGGCUGAGGAGGCCCAGAAGAAGCUGGAGGAGAUGGCCAAGACCUGCGAGGACACCAAGCGUCAGCUGACAGCUCAGGCAGAGAAGCUGGAGAAACAUCAGCGGGAACAAGCUAAGCAGGUGGAUGAGCUGAAAAAGAAGCUGGCUCAGCAGGAGAAGGCCAGCCAGACCCAUCAGCAGAAAGCAAAGGUGCGUGAAGAGGAACUCCGUUCGGAGAUGAAGCAGCUGAAGGAGAAGACGGCGGAUCUUCAGGCUCAGCUGGUGAAGAAGGAACAGGCUGCCGAGCAUUACAAGGCUCAGAUGGAGAAGGCAAGGACGCACUACGAUGCCAAGAAACAGCAGAACCAGGAGCUGCUGGAGAAGCUGAAGGGCCUGGAGCACCUGGAGAAGGAGAAUGCCGAGCUGAAGGCUGAGUCGGAGCGCCUGGCCAAGGAGUUGCAGCGCACGGCACUGCAGGCCACCGAGUCGGAGCUCAGCCUGAAGAGCCUCACCAGCCAAGUCCGGGUCCUGCAGGCGCAGCUGGACUUCUCGGAUCGGCCGCUUCGAGAGCAGGGCAAGGUCCAGGCAGCCCUGGAGACCCUCAAGGGCCGGGAGACCUUCAGGCAGAGCUCGGCCGACAUCAGCACGGACAGCCUGGACUUGAGCACCAGCGACGAAGGGCAGCCCCUCAACUCCACCAGCAGGAAGACCCGCCGCUCUUUGUCCGAAUCGGGGGCCGUGGAAUCGUCCAAGACCUCCCAGGCGCUGCCCCACAAGAGGGAGUCCUUGGAGAGCCUCUACUUCACCCCCAUCCCCACCCGCUCGCGGUCCAAGCUGGAGAACAGCAUCGACUCCAUCGGCAAUAUCACCUUGGACUCGGGACGGAAGGCGCUCUCUGGACGUCGGCGCACCACACAGCUGAUCAACAUUACCAUGAUCAAAAAACACCCCAAGCUGGAACCUCUGGACAGCACCAACGAGUCUUUCGUCAGCCUGCGGUCCUCCGGCUCAGGGGACAGCGGCCAGGAGUCGGUCAAGACCCGCCUGCGUUCGGCGGCGGCUUCCUCCUCCUCCACCCGCUCUCUGGCCAGCCUCCCCUCCCAGGAGUCCCUCGUCAGGCUGGCCGCCUCUUCGCCCGAUGGCACCUCUGGCCACGCCACCCUGAAGAGCCUGCCUGGCUACCGACCUGCCACCCGCAGUUCUCUGAGACACUCCCAAGGCGGGGGUGCAAACACCGGCCGCAGCAGCUUCUACGCAGCCUCCUGUGACGAUGAGCCUGAGCAGCUGGACAGCUGGAACCGCAUUGCAGAGCUUCAGCAGCGGAACCGCAUCUGCCCGCCUCACCUGAAGACCUGCUACCCUCUGGAGUCCCGGGUGAGUGGCCGCCUGGCCUCUUCUGGUGCUCCGGGAGGGAGCUUCCGGUUUUCUUCCGCCCUCCGUGGGUCAGUUCCCCACAGGCACAUCAGGGCUCCUGCUAGUCAGCCCUGUCCACUCCUGACCACCAUCACGGACGAAGAGGUGAUGACCGGAGACCCCAAGGAGACCCUCCGACGAGCCAGCAUGCUGCCCUCCCAGAUUGUGGAGGGCCCCAGCACCCGCCGCAGCACGCUGAGUGCCGCCUGGGCGCUGGGAGGGGUCGCCACGCGGCAGCAGCGGAAGCGCCUUUCGGACGAACCCCAGACGGGGCCAGGGACCCCCGAGGUCAAGAAAUCCGCCUGCUUCCCCCGGCCCCAGACCCCCAAAGGGAGGGCCGAGGACCGCAAGCAGGGGCCCCCGGCGGGUGAGAAGAAAAGCAAAGCCCAGGCAGCGGACAAGCAGUCUGAGAGGCGUCACUCACUGGCCUUCAGCAUCCUGAACACCCCGAAGAAACUGGGGAACAGCCUCUUGCGCCGUGGGGCCAAUCGCAAGGUGACUCCCAAAAACUCCCCUCGGAGUGGCAGCCGGAGGUCUCCAAGGAACGCCACGUCUUCGAAGGGCAAGACCAGCUCCAAGUCCCAGAAGGUGAAGUUCUAGCUCCCUUCGUUUUGGCUGCCGAUUCAACCAUGUUCCAUCUCUUCCCGAAGGAAAGGGAGGAGGGGGCCGCUGCCCCUCUGCCGCUGCCAGCCCCUGCGCCCCCCUGCCCUCCUCCCCCCGUGCCUCAAGCAGGCCUAGGAGCCUGGCCUUCUCGCCUCCCUCCCUGUCCCAGCCUGGGUGGAGCAGGGGGGGACCUCCCGUUCACAGCCUCUGUGAGUGUAGCUGCCUUCCUUCCCCCUCUGUUUAUCCCCUUUUUCCUUUUCCUCCUUUCCCCCUUUCCCCCUCUGCGCCUCUCCUUUUCUU